AUGUUGUUCAGUAUAGAGUUCGAGACACAAGAACUAUAUCUUUUAAAAACUGCUGUGAUACAAGCCAUUGAAUCUGGAUUUAGACAAAUUGAUACAGCCGCAGCUUAUAAAAACGAAGACCAAAUCGGUGAUGCGAUUCUUGAUGUGACCAGUCGAGGAAUUGUGACGAGAGAAGAAUUAUGGAUUACUACGAAGUUGAACUUAGACGUCGGAAACAGAGAAGGAGUACUUCCAGCCCUUCAGGAGUCUUUGAAAAAAUUGAAAUUAGAUUAUGUAGACUUGUACUUGGUACAUUCGCCUGAAAACCUGGCGUUAAUCCCAGAAUAUGAUUAUUUAAGUGUGUGGAAAGGAAUGGAGGAUGUUAAGAAAUUGAAUUUAACAAGAUCCAUCGGCGUUUCUAAUUUCAACAGUACCGACAUAAACAGAAUUCUGGCAAACUCCGAAAUAGUGCCAUCUGUUAACGAAAUUGAGGUAAAUCCUACUUACACAAAUUCAGAAAUUAUAGCUUACUGUCAAAGUCUUAAUAUAACCGUAUUGUCGUAUGCGCCAUUUGGUUUCAUGGUACCCAGACCAAUCGAAUCUAACAUAACAUCUACCUUCGAAGAUCCGGUAUUAGUGAGAAUAGCUCAAAAAUACGGAAAAACUAGCAGCCAAGUUGUUCUGCGAUAUUUGAUUGAUCUUAACACAAUACCAAUUCCAAGAUCAAUAAACACUCAACGAAUUCAGUCAAAUAUUGAUUUAUUCGAUUUCCGUCUCACUCAAGAAGAGAUUUCGUCGAUCAAUGAACUCAAUAGAGACGUUAAAGUUUACAACUUUGACCAAGAAUCCCUCGCAAUAUUCUUCGAUUAUUUCGGCUUAUAA